AUGAAAGUUAACGCUGAUGCCAAGCGUCCUGUCAAGACUGUUUUUACUUCUGGUAUUACAUCUGAUCUAGCUGCUGUAUCUGCUUCUGGCUCAGGUUCUUUUACUACAGCUGUAUCUACUCCUAAUGGUCCCUCUAGCGCUUCUGAUGCUGUUGCUGCCUCCAAUGCUAGUUUUGAUAUUGAUAAUAAGGAAGACGAACAAGAAGAAGAGGAUGGCGUACGUGAUCUGCUCAGAAGACGAAUUAUGAUUCUCAAAGCUAUCCUGAGAAAUCUCUUGGUGAGGCAAGCUGGCAAGUCUAUCACCUAUACACAGCUCAAGAAGGAACGUCCCGAUAUCACGGAAGAAGAGAAUCGCGAUGUCGCGUUUAAUUCUUUUUUCGACAUUCGUGCCAUCACGCAAGCCUGCAAAUCCUUUGGUCUGACAUUUGCUCACAACCUCACCAUUCUGCCUGGUCUUACCUCUGUCCGUAUUUUGGGUACCAAACCAAGUUCUAGAAAGUCAGUUUCCAAUGCGAAGAAAUCUCUAGAUAUUGAUUGGGAUACCGUGAGAGAGCUUCAAACCAGAACUAAUCAAGCAUUGAAGAAGGACAUUGACCAACUGGAAACCGAUAUCAAGACUGUGUCUGAUGAGCUGAAGGCUGCAAACAAGGACCACAAGAAGGAGCAGUAUUCUGCAAGGAUCAAGGACUUGAAGAAGCAGUGGCACACUGAUUAUAGCAAACACCAAGAAAUCAAAGAGCUGAAGGCUCAAAGAUACCAGUUGUUCAUCGCCAUCAAACAGACCAAGCAACAACUGUCCAACAUGAGAACUCGUGCCUUUUUGACAAGGAAAGCCAUUGAAUAUAGAAACAAAGACAUCCCUCUUGUAUCAAAUUACGAGCCUCCUCCUUCUGACCAACAUCUCGAUUCAAUGGUGUUUUCGGGUACUGAUAACGGGCUGGCUGUAAUGACAGAAACUAUUGGCAUGAAUCUGAACAAAUACAAAUAUCACUUGUCACUGCAUAAUAGAUUCUCUCCUCUCAUCCAUCUCAAUGCUGAUGAAGGCAAUUUGUCUGAUAGUACUGGUACUGCUGCUGGUAACGAUGGCAAUGGCGUUGAUCAAGUUAUUACGAACGAUGCUAUUGACAAGGAUGAAAUUCGUGAUGGCAGUGUUAAAUGCGAUGGAGAUCUCAAUGGUGACGAUGAUGACGCCGGUGCUACUGCUAAUGAUCGUGGUCAGACAACAACAUUUGAACCUCUGCCAGAGUCAUACAAGAUGCGUGCUGAAGAUGUCGACUUUGGUUCUGGCCAAUUUGUGAGGCGAAAGAUCACUUUGAAAGACAAGAAAGCAACAGAAGAAGGAAAGAAGGUUCAAGAGAUUGAGCAGCAAUUGCCGAGAUCCAGUGUGUUCAGAGCCAAAGAGGUAGAGGAUGUCGUGUCAAAUCUUGAUGCACACAGAAGCAAUGGCCCAGCAUUGCGAGCGUUCUACCACUCAGAGAAGCAAAAAUACUCUCUCUAA